AAAAAAGUUUACCGGCACAGGUUCUAGUAGUUGAAGCUUUCAGAGACAAAAGAAGUAUUUUAGUUCACUGUAGCCUGUACGAAAAAGGGUAAGAGUGGUAGGUGGAGCAUUAUUGCCAAUUUUGAUUCCAGGAUUAGGAUGUGGCCAGCACCGGGAAGACAAGCGGGGAAGCAAGCACUAACCUCUGAACCUGCUGCCCUCCACUCAUCUUUCUGCUAGCCAUCCUUGAUUGCAGUCCUUCCUCCCCCAAGGACAGGGACUAGAUCUGAGCAGCAAUUUCAGAGUCAUUUUAAUGUUCUCGUUUCCCCUUUAUUGCCCAAUGUUGAUUACAGAUCAAGAGUAGAAAUCCAUUUUUCUGUCUCUUGUUGUCUGUGCUUUGUUGUGUCUAUCUCUAUCCAGAGCUACUACAAAGCCGAAUGGAGGACAGUCUACCAGUUAAUGUCCGAGAAUAUCAAAAGCUCGCCAAGAAAGCACUACCAAAGAUGCACUAUGAUUAUAUCAAUGGGGGAGCAGACGAUGAAUAUACACUGAGGGAGAAUAUUGCAGCAUAUGGAAGAAUUCUGUUACGGCCACGGGUCCUUAUAGAUGUGAGCAAGAUAGACAUGUCAACAAGCUUGUUAGGAUAUAAUAUGCCAUCGCCAAUAAUUGUCGCUCCUACAGGGGCACACAAAUUAGCAAAUCCAGAAGGGGAGGUGGCCACUGCAAGAGCUGCCGCAGCAUGUAACACCAUAAUGGUGCUUUCCUUCUCAUCAAGCUGCAGAAUCGAGGAGGUUGCCUCCAGCUGCGAUGCCAUUCGCUUUUAUCAGCUAUAUAUGUGCAAGAGAAGGGAUGUUUCGGCAGCAUUGGUACAGCGGGCUGAGAGUUUAGGAUUCAAGGCACUUGUUUUGACAGUUGACAGGCCUGUGCUUGGUAGGCGUGAAGCUGAUAUCAGAAACAAGAUGAUUUCUCCACGGUUUGUAAACCUCGAAGGUUUAAUGUCAUUAGACAAGGACAUAGACAGUGCUGAAGGCGGCUCCAAGCUGGAACGAUUCUCACGGGAGACGCUGGAUCCAUCGUUGUCGUGGAAGGACGUGGAGUGGCUCAAGUCCAUCACCAGCCUGCCGAUCCUGCUCAAGGGCAUCAUCACCGCCGAAGACGCGAGGAAGGCCGUGGAGGCGGGGGUGUCCGGCGUGAUCUUGUCCAACCACGGCGGCAGGCAGCUGGACUAUGCGCCGGCCACCAUCUCGGCGCUCGAAGAGGUGGUUAAGGCGGUGGAGGGAUCCGUGCCGGUGCUGGUGGACGGCGGCAUCCGGCGGGGCACCGACGUGCUGAAGGCGCUGGCGCUCGGCGCCAAGGCAGUCAUGGUGGGGAGGCCGGUGUUGUACGGGCUGGCGGCGCGCGGGGAGGCCGGCGCGAGGCACGUGAUCGAGAUGCUGAACAAAGAGCUGGAGCUGGCCAUGGCGCUCUGCGGCUGCCGGAGCGUCGCGGAGGUCACCAGGGCGCACGUCCAGACUGAGGGCGACGGGAUCAGGGCCCUGCUGUGACCCCGCGACCAUCCGGACGGACGGACGGACGGACUACAUGAGUACUACAGAUCGAGACCGACCAUUAAUUGUGCUCGCUGUCAGGGUUGCGAUGUGAAUCUGAGGUUACGUGAUUUGGCAUUGAUUGCUGCCUUCUGAAAUAAGCUUUGUGCGUCGCCAAUAUAAGAUCCAACUCACUGUUACCAGAAUCUGAGCUGGAUUAAGCUUUCGAUGAUUAACUGCCCAAAGUGCUCAACGUAUCUUUUUUCGAAA